AUGGCGCCCGUUUAUAAAAUAGCUGUUAUACAGCUAUAUACGGAGCCCCUUGCUAUGGAGACCAAUUUUCGCAAGGCCACAAGCUAUAUCCGAGAGGCCGCUGCACAGUCUUGCGAUCUUGCCGUCCUUCCGGAAUAUCAUCUUACAGGCUGGGUCCCUCACGAUCCUGGGUUUCUACCCCUUUGCUCAGAGUACAAGAAGUACCUCGACGGAUACUGUUCCCUUGCCAAAGAACUCAACAUCUGCAUCGUACCCGGAACAAUCCUCGAAAAGCACACGGAUGAGAUCCAUAACAUAGCCUACUUCAUUUCCAACACCGGCUCUAUCCUAGGCCAAUACCAGAAGAAAAAUCUCUGGCACCCAGAGCGACCACACCUGACAUCCUCACGUCAUACUCCCCAUCAAGCCUUCGAUACCCCGCUGGGCAAGGUCGGCAUGCUUAUAUGCUGGGACUUGGCAUUCCCAGAAGCAUUCCGUGAACUUAUUGCUGCUGGUGCUAAAAUUAUCAUCAUACCUACCUUCUGGGGCCUAGCGGACUGCAGCGAUGCUGGCUUGAAGCAUAAUCCGGGAUCCGAGGCGCUGUUCUUGGAGAGCACGUUAGUUUCGAGGUGUUUUGAGAACACCUGUAUGGUGGUUUUUGUCAAUGCUGGGGGUCCAAAGGGGGAGGCUGAGAAGGGAAAUUGGGCGGGGUUGAGCCAGGUUGCUGUGCCUUUUAAGGGAGCGCUGGGGAAGAUGAAUGGUGAGGAGGGCAUGAGCAUUGUAGAUGUUGAUAUGCAGAUCUUGGAAGAUGCGGAAGACAAUUAUAAAGUCAGGCAGGAUAUUAAGAGUGAGGGGUGGCAUUACGAUUAUUCUCUUAGGCGGCAAAGUUAA